AGCAUGUUUAUACGGUACGGGAGUUGCAAUUGUGAUUAACGUAUCUAGGGCGUGAGUAACUUUAACAGAAACUGAAAUUGAAACAGAAACAGAAACAGAAACAGAAACUAAAAGCGAACAUAUGUUUUCGAGCAAGGCCAACUUUUCUUGUGGUAUACCAGGAUGCAGCUACAAGUUCAAAUCAGGGGUAGACCACAUUGAGCACCUGACUGCCCACCACGGCUUCUCCUCCUCCCCCUUACCUCUCCUCCCCUCUACCUCUCCUGCUCGGCCUGCUCCUUCAACUCCUUCUGCUCCUUCCGCUCCUCCUGCUGAAGCUAGCUCUAGCUGUCCUACUGUUAUUUUCCAGGACCCUACCUUAGAACACGACAUUUACAUCAGCUACUGUCCUGACAACUGCAGUGGAGGCAGUGCCUUUACCAGCCGUUAUCAUGAUCCCAACCAGAUAGCGGCAGUUCUCUCCAAGACUUUUAAACCCUGGGUAGCUAGUGUGUGUCUCGGACCUUCUCACUCUGGAGACUUUUACGAGGACAGAGCUUUACAUCUCAAGAAAGUCAAGGUUUUUGUGGCACUGAUAUCACCGGAGUACUCGAACAGCGAUCAGUGUAAGAUGGAAUACCAGUUUGCGCUUCUGUCCCUCAAGAAACCUGUCUUACCUGUGAUUAUAGGACCCGGCAAAAUUAACGAUACUAUAGAAUCAUAUAUUGAGCAAGACGGCCGGAUACCCUUUAAAAUGGACAGUCCCGUAAGAAAUGAAGCAGAGUUUAAUGAGCGGAUGGAAUAUUUAGCAGAUGCUAUAAAGAAGAUGAUAAGUUCAGUUAAUACUGAUAGAGAAACUCAGCGGCUCCAUCAUCUUAAUAUAACGGAGGAACCCAGAGCUGGUGUUGGAAAUGGGCCCCCGUCCUACGAACAAGCCCUAACACAGGAACAGAGCCGCGUGGUAGAAGAUAUCAGAGAACGAGUACCGCAAGUCGGGGAUCGUGUGAUAGCGCACUGGCUGCAACACAGCUACUUUACAGCUAAGAUUGUCAAGUAUAUUAAGAGCUCCAUGAAGUUCGAGAUCAGAUGGGAUGAUCAGGAUGAGAGUGGCAGAUUCCCGGAUGUGACCAUGGUAGCUCUAGACAAGGUUCCUGAAAGAUGGGAAGUUUCCGUCGGUUCCAGGGUCUUCUUUCCUCAAGGUCAGUACUGUGGCCAGGAAGGGGUGAGAACAGGUGGUGGGAGGUAUCACGAGGGAAUAGUUACUAAAACAGAACCUUGCAGUGGAAACAGGUUACGAUGUCACGGACAUCACUUAAAGGGGGCGUCCGACGACAAGUGGGUCACAUACCAAGGCUACAAUUAUACCUUCUGCUGCUUUUCCGAUGACUUGAGAGUUGCUCCUAACCCUUAUAAUGUGACACACGCCUACUCUAACAUGUCAUGAUGUUUUUGUUAACAUUAUAUAGAUAUCGAUGCUGGUGGAAGUGGACCAAAUUUUUUUCUGACAUGUGAUAGUGAUUAACAAAUAAGCUUCAAGCAUUGUUCAAUUCCAACCCAGAAUCACUGUCACGUGUCAAAACUGAUCUCUGGUCGAUCUCCCCGCCAGUUUCCAGAUCUAGUAUAGUUAUAAUUAUUGUAGUUGUAUAGUAUGUUAAUAUAUUAUGAAUGUUUAGUUGAUUAUUGUAGAUAACAUAGUAUUAUGAUAUUUUCCAGAGCACACGGAAGUUACUUAUGUUAAUAUUUACUGUAAAUAGUAUGCUAUUGUCUUUAAGUGUUAAGGUUUUAGAUUGUGUACUGUAUUUACCGCUUUCAUUUUUUGUAGCUUUUUUAUAGUAUCUCUGUAAUCAGACUUUAAUAUAUUGCAAAUUAUGAUCGUACCAGUCGAUGUCGGAAGCAGAACGGCAGCAAAAAUGCAACAUAUAAUUAAACAAUUAUUCCUCCGUUUAAUUUUAAUUUCACUCGUUCUACCAUUGACUUGUACGACUGAGAUUUUGAUUGAUUCAUUUAUUCAGUUUCAUGUACACUUUCAAUUAUAGUGAGUUUAAAGUUGACAGUUGACAUAAUAUUGAAAAAGGGCAGUUUUCAUCUUUUGUCAAUGUAAUGAGAUUUUGCAUUAAUAUUAGUUAUUAUUGUAUCUAUCCGAAUAGUUAAUUUGUUAAUACCAAAUUGAUACAUG